AUGGCGGAACGAGCCCAGGAUCAGCAAUCUGCCCCUCCAAAUAACCCGCAACCUGAAGUGGAGGGCAACGACGAAGACAAACACGCCCACAUCGAACUUCCACCUCCCGAGUCGACUACACACCAGUCUCAUGCUUCGGGGCCUCUCGUCAGCAGCAAUGGCUGGGAUGGUAAAUUGCGCAUGCCGGCUCGCAACGCCGUCUUGACCAACCCCGAAAUCCUGUCCGACCCAGACUACUCAGACCCCGAUGCCCCUCCUGUCGAACAAAUUGAAGCCGACGAGGAUCUGUUGGACGAAUGGCCGCUCGAUUCCGAGGACCUCGACCUGGUGCACUGCCGCAUCUCUUCCCUACCUGCUCUAAAACUCGAGCGCUUCACAAAACUGAAAAGACUGUGCCUGCGGCAGAAUGCCAUUACCUCUAUCCUUCUCCCCGAGGCCUUGGGGGAGGUACUUGAAGAGUUGGAUCUCUAUGACAAUCUCAUUUCGCACCUCAAAGGGCUCGAAGACCUGAAGUGUCUCAAGUCGCUGGACCUGUCUUUCAAUAAGAUCAAGCACAUCAAACACGUCAACCACCUCCACGCGCUUACCGAGUUGUACUUUGUGCAGAACCGCAUUUCCAAGAUUGAGAAUCUGGACGGUCUCUCGAACCUGAACAUGAUCGAGCUGGGUGCGAAUCGCCUGCGUGAGAUUGAAAACCUCGAUAGCUUGACCCAGUUACGGGAACUCUGGCUGGGCAAGAACAAGAUUACCGAAAUCAGAAAUCUCUCGCCUCUGCGGAAUCUCCGUCUGCUGGACUUGAAAUCCAACCGCCUCACAUCAUUAGGCGGUCUCUCUGAUCUGACGAAUCUGGAGGAACUCUACGUCUCGCACAACGCCAUUUCUUCCAUCCCCGCAGACGCCCUAUCGAACAACAAAAAGCUCCGUGUCUUGGACAUCUCCAAUAACCAAAUCUCCCACCUCGAAAACAUCUCUCACCUCACAGAACUAGAAGAGUUCUGGGCGAGUUCAAACCAACUAAGCGAUUUCCGGGAGGUCGAGCAGGAGCUGCGGGACAAGGAGCAUCUGGAGACGGUAUACUUUGAGAUGAAUCCCUUGCAAUUGCAGGGGCCCGCGGUGUAUAGGAAUAAAGUGAGGUUGGCUUUGCCGCAAGUCUCGCAGAUAGAUGCUACUUUCGUCAGGGUAUGA